CUUUCGUUCGUGCGCUGCGCGUGUGACAAAUGACGUCGGUGGACGGUCAUUCAUUUUCUUUUUACCCAGUUUUGCUUUGAUAUUCACAUGUCUGUAAAUCGAAUAAAUUCCAGGUUGUCUAUCUACAGUGUUGUUUUGUGGUUUUACUAUAAUUAAUGAACAUGUGUUGUGGAGUGAUUUGACGUAACGGUAUUGCAAUUUUGGAGGUAAAAUGCCCGCUUCCAUUUGCGACCCAGUAUCUAGCGCAUUGCGUUUAUCUCUUUCAACUGAUGAAUCCCAGGGUUCAUCACUACUAGACAGCAGACUUUAUUCCAAAAAUGUGUUGCUAUCAAAGAUAGAGUUCGAAGAAUCGGGUGAUUACCAGAGCAAUGUUCUUGAUGGCCUCAAGUCUAAGUACGUGGUGAUUCGACCAAAGAAACCAGUGCUUGAUACAAAAAUAGUGAAGAAAGAAGGCAACGGCACAGCACAGACUUCAGAAGCUAGUAAAAGUGGAGAUGACGGCAUACCUCGGCCAAAGCGGCUGCUGUUUCCCAUUGAGAAGGUCCAGCUGGGCUGGCAGGGCGCAUGGGCGGCCGGCGCGGGGAUGCAGAAUGUCGGCAACACUUGCUACUUGAACUCCACCCUACAAGCCCUCUUCCACGUCCCUGCAUUCGCCAACUGGCUAGUCUCAGAAGCACCACAUGCUGAGAAGUGUAAUCAGCAAGAAGCGUGUGUGAUUUGUGGCAUGCGGGCAACGCUCAUGGCCACACAGAAGAGUGGUGGUGCGCCCAUCAAGCCGUGGCAGGUGUACUCCAAGCUGAGGCUCAUCUGCAGACACCUCACCCCCGGCCGGCAAGAGGAUGCCCAUGAGUUUUUGAGAUACCUGGUCGAAGCAAUGGAAAAAUGCUACCUGUCGCGCGUGAGCAACUCGGAGAAGCUGGAGCAGUUCAGCAAGGAGACCACGCCGCUGAACCAGAUCCUGGGCGGCUACCUGCGCUCCACCGUGCGCUGCCUCGCCUGCCACCACCUGUCCACCACCUACCAACACUUCCAGGACCUACUACUAGAUAUAAGAAAACAUUCAACAUUGGACGAGGCAUUAGACUCUUUCUUUUCAAGAGAGAGGCUUGAAGACUUAGGGUACAAAUGUGAAGCAUGCAACAAAAAGGUGUCAGCAACGAAGCAGUUCUUCAUAGAGCGCGCGCCGAUGGUGCUGUGCAUCGCGCUCAAGCGCUUCUCUCUCGCCGGCGGGAAGCUGUCCAAACACGUGCAGUUCCGGAAGAAGAUCUGUCUGAAUAAGUACUUCUACAAUAAGAACUCGCAACAACAGCUGUCGUACAAGCUGGUGAGCAUGGUGACGCAUCUGGGCCCGUCCCAGCACUGCGGCCACUACACGGCGCUGGGGCAGGCGCCCAACACCAACUACUACCAGUUCGACGACUCCUGCGUGCGCCCUCUGCCCCUCUCCACCGUGCUCGGGAACAACGCCUACAUCAUGUUCUACGAGCGGGACCCCGACCCGCCAGCUCAAGUCUACGGGCCGCAGAUACCCGACACUCUGCUGAACAGGGACAAGAGCCCACUGAAACUCACCUUCUUCAGGAGCGAAGAGAGAAAACCACAGGAUACGACGGAAGUCAAGCAACCUGUCAUACUGAACAGCACGCUCAGUAAAUCUACGGACUCGAAUUCGGAGCCGUGGGUCGUGAAACAGAACGGAGAGGUAGAGAAAGUGACGACGCCAAAAAAACAAGAUGACAGGAUAUUCAAAGAUGACAAAGUCAGCUUCGUUAUCAAGAGGCCCACUGAUAAUGACAAUAUAUUCAAACCUAAACAGAAGAGUGAGUCGGGGCGCCACACGCCGGAGCGCGCCGGCAGCAAGCUCGUGAAGCCGCCCAAGUCCCCGCUGGAGAAGCUCGAGGAGCAGAUGAACAAGAACGAGUCCGAGAACCACUCAAUCAAGAACGGCAACGCCACCGGGAACGGGCUCAGCUCCAAGUUAGUACCUUACGACUCCGAGUCCAGUAGCGAUGAGAAAAGUGACCGAGGGAAGGAUGAUAAGGCUAAAAAGGAAGUCGGUAAAGACGCUCGCAACGGCGGCUGGCCCAAGCCCUCGCGGUGCGCGUCGCCGCAGGGGCUGGUCGUCACCACCAAGAGCAUGCACCACGCUUGGACCGUCUCCAGCGAGAAGAACGGCCCGCUCUUGAGUCCCAGUCUAAACGGGGUCACAGUUACUAACAAAAAAUUGAAGGACAAGGAAGAGGUGAACGGGCAGCGCGCAAACGGCAACGGAUCUGAGAACGAGAAGAGUCCAAACACGAGUGUUAGCACUUUGUCGCCUCUGAGCGCUCACUCGGGGGGCGAGGGGGCGGGGGCGGCGGCGCCGGGGGACAAGGGGGGGGCGGCGCCGGGGGCCGGGGGGGCGCCGCCCGCGCCGCGCCUACUGACGUCACACGAGACGCUGCGCAACAUGCAGUCGCUGUCUCACCGCGGGUACGGAGCGCCCGUGCACACGUGGGCGGGGACUAACAGCAAUCUGAAUAGACAGGUGAAUGAGGAGCGGCGCGAGGAGCGCAAGCGCGCGCACGAGGGCCUCGACGAGAUGGACGGCGGCCGCGUCAAGAAAGUGAAGAAAUUCCACCACUACAACCGCUUCAACAACGAUAGGAAUGGAUACAAUCCUUUCCAGGAGAAGCAGAACAAGCAGCACUGGGGCGGCGGGUUCAAGGCGCGCGAGCGGCGCCCGCACCACGCCUUCCACAACAAACACUACAAGAACAAAUACAACCGAUUCAACAACAGGUACAGCAACGGACACAAUAACUACUCACGGCACCAUUGACAUCGGCUUGUGAGUGUCUUCACAUAACUGUGUAUAAGCAUUCGGACUCCAAUCUAUAGUUAAAUUAUAUUGAUAUGUCGCUAACAUAUAGAUAUAAGUGUUAACAAGAAAAAAAUACAGAUUACACCACUUAUCCGGUUGUUAAAAUAAUAAAUAUUGCCGAAAAUCUAGUGGAUGAAAAAUUAAUUUAUAUAAUAUGCAUGGGACGUGCCUAUACUGUAUGUAACGCCAAUUUGAACUGCCAUUUUGCCUCUGAAUUCAUAGACAUUUACUAUAUUAGAUUAUAAUCGUAAUUAGUAAGGGUUACAUUGUGUUUAGUUUAAUGUUUAGAUGUGCAUUGAUUUCGACGAAACGCAUUUUAUGAAAGACAGCAAUAACUCAAUUUAGUUUCUGAUGCGCCUUACUUAGUAAAUAAAUAAUAAUAGUAGAAAUAUGUACAUAAUAUAAUUCGCCUUAUGAACAUAGAAGUUGACUGACUUUUCUUCGUCGCUGUUAUCUUUUUAUCCGACUUCAGACAUGGGAGAAGACUCUAUGUUCGAUUUUUAUUUCAUCCUAAUGUCCAACUACUUCGAGUAUAUAAUGUGGGUGGAUACAUUUGUGUUCAAAAGGUUGAGGUUACCUCGUAGGGUCCCGUAGUAAACAUAAUUUCGUCCUAUAUAAUAAAUAAAAAUGUCAGUCUGUAAGCACAUAAUGUAGCAGAUCAGAGCUGAGUAUACGAAUGUUGGAACUGUUGAAGAUGUUGCAAAAAUUGUACAGUGGAGUGAAAUGUUCUGUGAAACAGCAAUAUUUUUUGUACAACUAGUCAUAAUUCUACUCCGAAAAUAUAUUAAACAUAUACCUCAUCCUAAAAUUCGAUCGCGUAUUAGCUGGAGUUGCUACGGAGCCCGUUGUGUAGGUUAUUAUUAUUAGCUAUACUUUAAUUAGAUGUUGCUUAGGUUUAAAUGUGUAAAUGGAAUGCUAGAUAGCUCACGAAUCUUAUGAUUUCAUCUCUAAUUAAAAUGGGACAGACAGAAUUAUUACCGUUAAGUACGUGCAUUAAUAUACAAACGCAAACUCAGACUUGCAUUUUAAUUUCAUUAUCUCGUAAAUUCUAUUUAAUCCUUUUUUGGGGACUAUUCAGACUCACUUUUUUUUGACUAUUAUUCCUACUCUAUAAAUAAAAUAAGUUUAGGUUUUGAUUAUGAGGUGGUCUUGUUUUGUUUGACGAUAAUAACUAUAAUAUUUUCCUGUAUCGUAAACUAUACAGGUGUUGCAAAAAGGGUAUACUAAGCCGAAACCUACACGUGCAGCAUGU